AUGGCAGCUCUGUUUGCAGAUGCGGCCUCUGUGGCUGGAGAUUCAAUCGACGAAGAUUGGAAGCAGUUCCAGCUUCCUGAGCUGGGCCAGGAGGAGGUUGAUGAGAGCCCCCAAGUUCCCCAAGCAUCGGGCAAACGUGGUCGCAAAGGUGGCGGCAAGGGCAAGGCGGACAGCGGCAGAGGUCAGAAGGGCCAGGGAAAAGGCAAGUUGGGUGUCAUCAAGAAGCAGCUGAAGGGGCCGAUCAAAUGCAAGGGGUGCAAGAAGAAGAUCCCUCCGGAGCAGCAGGCCCCGAACUUCCCGGGGUGCUGGGUGUGCAAGAGGGCACUAGACAAUGUCUGGAAAUGCGCUUGCCGUCAAGGAGAACAGGCAAUGUCCUUCGUACAGGAAUGCCGUCGAGACGACGAAGCUUGUUGUCGCCUCGUCCAGUCUUACUUGAAGGCAUGCCCUGAAAAGAAUGCCACCGACGGAUCCUGUGCCGGAAAGCGCCGAGGAAAGUGGUCCAUCGUCAAGUACAUGGAGUCCGUCCGUUGCAGCAGUGGAUUAGUGAAAGACUGCAUAGGGGAGUUCAUGUCAAAGAUGCUGUACCAAGAGCACGCAUUGACGGCACGAGGUGGACGGAAAAGCGCUGCCGAAAUUGAGGCCCAAUGGGAGAAUCUUGCCUUGGAAACAGCUUUGAAAUGGGAGAAGGACAUCGAGAAGGGCGCCAUGCAGAACACCUUGUACGACUACAAGGGCCCGGCAGGAAGCUUGAGGGUCUGGGUAGCCACAAAGGACACCUUGUCCUUCCGCAGCGAGUACCUCCACACGAAGGAAGUCGUGUGUGAAGGGGACUCGGUGAAAAAGGGAGGUGACGAAGACGUCGACCGACUUCGCAGCGAAAUCAUGUCAGGCCACGGCCAAGGUGUUGGCGCUGGCAUGGAACAGGCUGCCAAGGCGAUGGCGUUGAAUGGACAAGAAGCAUUUCAGGAGGGCUCCACCGGCUUCCUCAACGUGUUGGAUCUCCAGAAUGAUGUGUUCAUGCUGGAGGCUGGUGAGGACGACGGCGAGGCAGGCCAAAACCCGACAACCACAGACGAGCCUUCUCCGAAGAAGCCCAAGUUGUGGAUUGACCGGGACAGGAUCGUCUCCCAGACCAUCCGCACCGUGAAGAGCCAGCACGAAACCUUCGAGACCAAAGCCAUGGCUCAGCUCAACCGGCAGCAAGCGUACUUGAAAACAUUCCUCAGUGAGCAUGAGGCUGAAAGCAAAGGGGACUUCAAGGGCGAGUACGAGACUUUGAAGACGAGGACCCAUGGACUCGAGCUUUGCUUGCGCAACAAAGACGAGGAAAAGAUCAAGCAGUUCAUUGGGUUGUUUGGCCACGCCGACUCCCCAGCUCCGCCUUGCGAAGACUACGACAAGCUCCGCCCUUUGUGUGUCUUCCCAGCCAUGAUUGAGGACUACAACAAGUGCACAGAGCAAGAGCACCUGAAGGACGUGAGUGCAGCUCUGGCUGCCGUUCGGGAGCCGAUCUCUCAACUCCUCGCUGGUGCGCUUAGGGCGGAGAAGUCGCUGAAGACUGCGCUCACUCAGCAGCAGAAGGUUGCGGCGCAGAAGCAUGCGAAGGCUCAGAAGGCGUUGGCGGCAAACACCUCGCAAGGCCUUGCAAUCUUCGACCAAGGUGUUGCAAAUGCCUCCGCCAUCCCUGUCUUCAAGGCUGAUGCUCUCGGCCAAGGAGACAAUGUGCCAGACCUGUCCAAGCCUUUCCUUGUGCACAUCGACGAGUGGGUUGCGGAGAUCAACCAAGAGAGCAGCGUCACGCGGCAAAAGGUUGAUGCCUUCAAGGUGAUGUUUGACACUUUGCGUGCCCAAGCGAAGGGUGGCCGGGCAUCCAAGCUGAUGAAGGAGCUGCUUUCUGAUAAGGAGGCAGAGGUUGACUUUGAAGCCAAGGUCAAUGCUCUGCUGAAGAAUGUUAGCGGAUUGGUUAAGACCAGCAAGCUCAGCAAGCCCAUCCAGGACGUCAUGGCAGUGUCUGUUUUCGGCAUGGACCAGGGCUAUGACAAGGUGUCUUGCGAAAGUGCAUCGAUGGCAUGUGUCAGGUUCAACGUGAGUGGAACCCGUAGCGUGGUCGUGGCGCACACACUUGAGGUCAUCGGCUACAUGCAGCGAAAAGGCGUGACCGGCAGCAUCAGCGUCGCCAGGAUGGCAAGCUUCUUCAGGAGCCUGAGUGCCACGACGAUCUCGGAUUUCCAGGCACAGUGCACGCUUCAGCAGGCAACUGUUGGUGCUGGCGAUGUGCUGUAUCUGCCUGCUGGUGCGGUGCUUGCAGAGCUUGCUCGAGCUUGCAACAUUGGGUUGCGAGUUCCGCUCGUCGUGAAUGCCACCGCCCAUCCCAAUGUUGCUAUGACCUUUGCCAGGCGGCGUGAUGAGAUCGCCCUUCAGGAGGCGAGUUCGCAGUUUACGGAGAGCCAGAAGCAGGUCCUGAAGCAGGAGCACGCGCUUCUGGACAGCCUUAUCAAGACAGUGGCUGAGGCUGAGAAUCCGGAACCGGAGCCUGCAGCUGCUGCAGUUGAGAAGUCAGAAGCCAAGGAAGGCGGCAGCGAGACGCCUGCUCCUGCUGUGGAGCCUGCUCAGAAUGAUCAGGUGAAGGCUUGA